GUUUGGGUGAGCCUUCGCCGACCACAGCUGCUGCUUCGACACCUCAGCAGGGUGCAGCUACGAAGCCGAUGCAGGACAGCUACAUGAGCGCCCCGACUCUGAAGGACAUCGACGAGCUCUUGGGAACCGACGAUGUGGAAGAGGGCUUACUUGACGAUGCGAUCGAGGACUAUGACGAGGAGGAUGCGGAGAUGGCCCCGGCUGAGGAGACCCAAGUGGCCAAGUGUCAGGAGCCGGCUGAUGUGCCCAUGCCGGCUGUGACGGUAGAUGUGCCCAUGCCAGCUGUGACAGUAUCGGACCCAGCGGUGGCUUCCGAUGCGGUGCAUGCUGCUUUGUUGCGGCCUAGCUCCGUCGACCUGAUGAGCCGUGAGCAGCUCGCCAGGUGCAACACUGAUGUGUCGCAGGAGUCCUCCUUGCCAGCUGUGGAGAAUUCGAAGCAGUCUGACAUGGGAAUGUCGCAGUCGCUGAGUGAUGCUCUGGCAAGCCUGAGCAAGGAGGAGAUUGUGGAGCUGCUGCGGAAGCAGCUUGAGUCCGAUGCAGUGGGGCUCACCUCGCCGCUUACCUCGCCCCGCUUA